AUGGCCUCCAGCGGCUCAAAGAGCGAUAUGAAGCCCGCGCCGUACGCCGAGAGCGCCACUGAGCAAUCUGUGUCGCCGUCGCCCAACCGACGCCGCCGCGGUGGUCGCAAGGCAAGCCGGCAUCCGCAACAGAUGCAACCGAUGCCCGACUACCAACUUCAGCAACAGCAGCAUCAACAGCAGAUGAUGCAGCAACAACAGGCCAUGCAGCAACAGCAGGGCGGCGGCGGCAAAAGCGACACCCUGAAAUUGAGACUGGAUCUGAACAUCGAGGUCGAGGUCACGCUGAAGGCCCGGAUCCAUGGUGACCUGACCCUGGCAUUGCUGUAA